AUGAAGAAUACCCGUGGCAUAGUCGUUCUUAAGGAAAGACUCCGCAAGGGCUAUCGAACCAUACCAGCUCCAGAUCAUGAGAAGCACUUUGAAGCGCUGAAGAUCCUCCUGGAAUGUCGCUGGUGGGGUAGGGUCAGGGUGAUCCAGGAAAUGGGGUUGCCCUCAGAGAUCAAGUUUUACUACGGCGAGGAGACAUUCGAUGUGGAUCUAUUGAGGACUGCAAUCGAAAAAAUUGAAAAUUAUAACGAGGGUUCAAGGGGGCCUUUGAAGCCGAACGAUAAGCUACCCGCACGCAAGGCCAUCACACAGACAGUCUACCACUGUCUCUUUGAGUCUGGCGACGCCAGCUUCCUUCUGGGCCCAAGGAAACGGGACGUCGAUGGGAACGACUAUCCUUCCUGGCUCGCCGAUUUUCACGUCCAGCAGACCCCACCGGAGAUCGUCUGGGGUGAGCAGCAGCGCUUGAGUAUGGCUAAAAAGCUUUCUGCAUCUGGUGCUUGCUCUAUCGACCGCACUGUAACGCGUUGGCAAUGCACAGGAGCACUCGUCUUGCGAGCUGUCAGGGUCGACAAGAUCGUGCAGGACUCAAGAUAA